GCUCUCCCUCACUCACUCUUGCCCUUUUGGCUCUUUGAUAAAUCCAAUUUUCUUCAUCUCUUGCAUUUUCCCUCUCCUCCAUUUAUGCCAAUUUAUCUUGCGCCCUUCCAUUCAUUGAUUUUUGAGGAGUUCCUUUUCAAGGAGAGGUCGAAAUGCCAGCUGUUGUAGUAACUAAUCACGGCGGCGAUGUCCCGGACUUUGAAGGCAAGAUCACGAUCUACGUGAUCAUCUGCGUGUUCAUCGCCGCCUUUGGCGGGCUUAUGUUCGGUUAUGACAUUGGAAUUUCAGGAGGUGUUACAUCCAUGGAUGACUUCCUGAAGAAGUUCUUCAUGAACGUCUACGAGAAGAAGAAGCAUGUUCACGAGAACAACUACUGCAAAUACAACGACGCGCUUCUGCAGCUGUUCACGUCGUCACUCUACAUCGCCGCCCUCUUGGCCAGCUUUGUCGCCUCAAGGUUGUGCACGAAGAUGGGCCGAAAGCCAACAAUGCAGAUCGCAUCCAUCUUCUUCAUGGUUGGGGUCGGGCUUCAGGCCGGCGGCAUCAACAUUGUGAUGAUUGUGUGCGGACGGAUCAUGCUCGGCAUCGGCGUCGGUUUUGCCAAUCAGGCAGUGCCUCUAUUUCUAUCAGAACUAGCACCAGCCAAGAUGAGAGGAGCGCUCAACAUAUGCUUCCAGCUCUUCAUCACCAUCGGGAUCUUGGCCGCUGGCAUCAUCAACUACUUCACCUCCAAAGUCCACCCCCACGGGUGGCGCAUCUCCCUUGGCCUCGCCAUUGUUCCCGCCGUCAUCCUCCUCAUUGGAUCCUUUGCCAUCUGCGAGACCCCGACGAGCCUCAUCGAGCGCAAGAAUCUUGACGAGGGCAAGGCCACCCUCAAGAAGAUCCGGGGCACCGAGGAUGUCAUCCCCGAGUUCGAGUCCAUCGUGGCCGCGAGCGAGAUGGCCCGACAGGUCAAGAACCCCUUCAGCAAGCUCAUGAAGCCCUCGAGCCGCCCCCCGCUCAUCAUCGCAAUCCUGCUCCAGGUGUUCCAGCAGUUCACCGGGAUCAACGCCAUCAUGUUCUACGCGCCCGUCCUCUUCCAGACUGUCGGUUUUGGCAGCAACGCGUCGCUGCUCUCAACAGUCAUCACGGGUCUCGUCAACGUCUUCAGCACCCUGGUCUCCAUCUACACGGUCGACUGGGCGGGAAGGAGGAUCUUGCUCCUCGAAGCUUGUGUUCAGAUGUUCCUCACUCAGACUGUGGUUGGCUUGAUCCUUCUGAUAGACCUGAAGACCACAGGCUCAUUGAACCACGUGGAAGCCGUAAUUGUGGUCGUCCUGGUGUGCAUAUUCGUGAUGGGAUUCGCGUGGUCGUGGGGCCCGCUGGGGUGGCUCAUCCCGAGCGAGACAUUCCCACUCGAGACCCGGACCGCCGGGUUCGCGUUCGCCGUCAGCUCCAACAUGCUCUUCACCUUCAUCAUCGCGCAAGCCUUCCUGUCGAUGCUGUGCCACAUGAGGGCUGGGAUCUUCUUCUUCUUCGCAGCGUGGAUCUUGGUCAUGGGGCUAUUCACGCUCUUCUUCGUGCCGGAAACGAAGGGCGUCCCCAUCGACUCGAUGGUCGAGAAGGUAUGGAAGCAACACUGGUUUUGGAAACGGUACAUGGUCGAUGCGGACGACGAAGAAAUCAAGGAGCAAGUGCAUCCGCAUGUGAAGUAAGCUGAACACGAGGAUUCACACGAGGAUGGGACGGGACGGGACGAGAGGCGAAGUCGUGCACGUCCGACCGCAUGUAAAAAAAACUGAACGUACAUAGUUGUAGAGCUAAAGCUAACCCGUUUCGACAUGUUUAAUUUAAUGCAUUUUCUUUCAGACGAAAAAAAAGAUUAGUAUAGCUAUACAGAAGUGAGGUUUGUCUCAAUUUUUGUACAUGUCCAGAUUAUCCAAAUAUUAAAAAUAAUUGAACAACCGCUCACUU